GGUCAUGGUGCUGAUCAGAUGGGAUCCACGACGUCCAGGCACACAGGGAGCAGCUCAGACGGUGGAUGGCAGCUCUUACACUCCAGUCCCUGCCUGCUGGGACACUCAGCUUCCUAGGCACUCCUUGCCUCGGUUUCCUCAUUUGUGAGCCCAAGAUAUCUCAGCCCAGGAAUGUGGGGGUGGGAAGUGAUGUGGAAGAGGUUUUGUGAUGGUCACAGUACGUUUUCUGGAACAGACAUGUUCUUAUUUUAAAAUAGUUACUGUUGAGUUCCUGCUGACCCAAGAGCUGGACAUUUUGCUGUGAGCUUUAGGUACAGUAUUCAGCCGAUAUUGUCUGAGGCCCUGCUGCUCGUCGGGCCCUGUUUUAAGCACCUUGAAUUCAAUAGUGCUCAGAUUCUAGGGAGAGAGGAAGAUUACAAUAAAUAAUCACAUAGACAUAAUAUUUGAGGGGUGAUAAGUGCAGUGAAGAAAAGUGAAACACGAGGGAAACGGUGCUAUUUUACAUGUUCAGGGCAGUCUCUGAUAGGGUGACAACUGAGCGGAGAAGGGGGUGAGCCGUGAGACCCUUGGGGGAAAGGACCUUGUGUGUGGAGGGAACAGCGUGUCCACAGGCCCGAGGUGGGAGUGCUCAGCACGGUCAAGGAGCAGCAAGGCAGUCAGGGUGGCUGGAGGGUCUCAUUCAAGGGGGGGGAGUGGUGGGUGCCUGGAGAGAAUGGAGCUGUGUCUGUCAGGAGGCCCCUACGGGACUCUAAGGACUGGGCUUGAAGUGAGAUGGGGACCUUGGAGGGUUUUGGCAGAGGGAUGACACUAUCCAACCACACUAGCUGCUGUUAUGACGAACAGACUGUCGGGGAGCAAAGGUGGCAGCAGAUCACUGGGAGGCUGCUGCAGUAAUCCAGGAGCAAGACGGUGGGCGGGGUUGGCGGGGCUGUGGGGGGGGGCCGGCGGGCGUGUCUGUCUAGGUGGUGAAGCUGGAAGGUAGAGCUGGCAGGGGGCGCGGGUGUGUUGGAUGAAGAUUGUGAGAGAGGAGCCAGGAGGGUGCCGAGGGUUUUGGCCUGAGCAGCUGAAAGGACGGAGGUGCCCUUCAGGGAAAGGGAGUAGACAGCAGUCACCGACGUGUCACACGUUGAGUUGGGGAAGAUGAGGUGAUGGGGGCAUAUGGUACCUCAUUCAGUCCUGACGAAACCCCCGUGAGUAGUCAUUAUUAAUCCUGUUUUAUAUGCAAGGAAAUAGAAGCCCACAGCUCUGAAGUAAAUUGCCCUAGGCCACGGGGCUGCGUUCACAGACCCUGAGAUUUGGCAUUCCCCGUGAUCCUUUUUUCUGCAUCAACACCAGUGUUGUAGUCCAGUCCAAACGACCUCCCUGUCCACCCAUGAAAGCUCCCUGGAGUGAUGGUGUGUGCCUGGAGAGGGCUCUAGAAGAAAGACCUGCUCCCUCCCUCCCUCCCUCCCUCCCUUCCCUUGGUGUUGGUGAGGGCCGAGGGAGAGGGAGGCUGACCGCCAGCACCUGCUCUGGGGCCUCCCUCCAGGUCAUUGGCAGCCUGGAGAAGGAGGUGGUGACUUAAUAGGCCCAGCAGAUGAAGAGAAGAGAACUUGGACCCAGGUUUGAACAGCAGCCUCUCACCAAUAAUGAAAGAUCAGGAGCCAGGAAACUGUAGAUAAAAAUAGCACUUAUCAGUUAAUUGGAAAACAAUAUAUUUUUGCAACCACUGCUUCCACAAGAAAAUAAUUGGGUCCCAAGGCAGGGAACAACUCGUUUUCAUGAAUGAUUAUAUUGAUCAUUGGAGCAACGUGGAUACAUCCCCUUUGGAAAACAAUUCAGAGGAGAAGCGUGUGGCUGGUCAGACAUGCCCAGGGUGAAAUCCUGAGAGGCUGCAGAAGGAGGAGGAAAGAGGCUGGAAGUUCAUGAGGGAGCGGGCCCUGGCUGGGCAGGCCGGUGUGGGGCUGUUGACUGGGAGAUGCAAAACAAGGGAACUCGCCUCCAACCCAAGUCCCGAGCUCUCCCGAGGGAGGAAAGAAAGUGUGUCCAUUCACAUAUCAGUUCCUUAUUCUUUUUUGUUAAAAAACCCACAUUAUUUAUUUAUUUAUUUUUGGCUGCAUCGGGUCUUAGUUGCAGCACGCAGGCUUCUCUCUAGUUGUGGCAUGCCAUGUGGGAUCUUAGUUCCCUGACCAGGGAUCGAACCCACAUCCCCUGCACUGGAAGGCAGAUUCUUAAUCACUGGAGCACCAGGGAAGUCCCUCAGUUCCUUAUUCUGCUUGAACCCAUUGGGUGUUUUGUUUGUUUGCACUUUUCUCCUGGAGGGAUUUACUGGCAGUGAGCAGCAUGUUCUUAUGGAAAGAGGAGCAGGCUGGGAGCCUCCCCUUUGCCACUGAGGGGAGAAUGUGACCCCCAAGUAUUUCCCAUUCCCUUUCCUGCUUCUGGAGUCAUUCAGUCAUUCAUUCUACGCAUAGUUAUCAAACACUGUCAGAACAAGAAGGGAACAUUGGUUGAGGGUUCCUUGUGUGCUAAGUACUGUUCUAAGUGCUUUGCACGUAUUAACACAUUUACUCUUCAUGGCAACCCAGAGUAGGUGUCCUUAGCUCCAUUUUACAGGUGAAGAAACUAAGUCAAAGAAAGCUUAAAUAACGUGACCAAUAUCACUCACCUGGUGAGCGACUGACAGUCACUAGACACCGGGCUAGAUGCUAGAGACAGAAGGGUCCAAACUGGACACAGCUUGUGACCUUGUGGAGCUUAUUUUAUCUAACACGUAGUCACACAAAAGUACAAAGCACAGUGGGCACAAGGGAAGGAGAGGAAAUGAAGUGGUGAGAGAUGUCAGAGGCCUGAUUUGGGUUUGGGGGGUGGACGAGGCUGCACCGAGAGAGGUGGCCUGCUUCCUCGCUGCUUUCAGGUCCUCACUCAGAGUGACUGCUUUGGUCCCUCGUUUAAAACAAUGACCCCCGUCACUCUUGAUGCCCUCCCCCACUCAGCACCGCCACACUUAUCGUGAGCUUUUUGAUGGUUUUUGAGCCAGAUCAAGAAGAGGAUAUCAAAGGUGGUCACUCUUCUGGUAGGUGCCUGCAGAGGAGCUACGGGACAGGUCUGCGUGGAUAUGGGUGCCUGACUUUGAGGCAGCUGGGAACCUAAACCUUCGUUACCUCCUUGCUGAGCCUUAAGGGGACAGUGGGCUCUCGGUCAGUGCGCCUCUUGGGCAGACCCAUCCCCCACCCUCCCCAGGCCCAGGGUGAGUACCACGUGAUCGCUCUCGCUCACCUGUCAGUGCUCUGUUAUUGGUUGGUUCCAUUUGUUACUGUCUGUCUCUCAGAAUUUUCCUGUGGGGCAAGACCUGUGUUUUCCUUUGGUUGCUGCAAAGCCCAGAGGAACUCGUUCAGCGGUUCAUGAAGGAGUGAGCUAUGGAGGGGCUUGUCAAAUGGGAACAGCUGUUAUUUGUCCAGCCCCUUUAAGCCAGGGGCCCACAGCUUCCCUGGGCAUGUGCUCCUCCAUCCCCUCGGCCUUCCUGGCAGAGGCCAAGCAGCUGUUCGUCUGUUUCUACAGAUGGUCAUCCAGGGCCCCAAGAAGGGAAGCUCUUCACUGGGUUACCCAAGGAGGCUGGGGCAGAAUUGAGCCUGGAAUUUAUCUCUGUGCCCUGGUGGUUGUCCAUAAGAUCCGGCCCCCUAUUCUGCAGAGGGAAAACACCAGUGUGAUCAUCAAGAAAUAAUUUUUCUUUGGCCCCAAAUUGAUUUGCCUACAGACGGAUGUGCCAUCCUUAUUUUGUCUUAAUCUAAAUGUAAAUUAAGUUUCCAUUCCCGGGGUACAUUAAGGCAGGGGUCUAGACUUGGAGUUAGGAGCCCUGAAUUCCAUCCAGGCUCUGCUUUUAGUUGUGGUCCUGGGCAAGUCCCUUCUUCUCUGGUCCUCAGUCUUUACCAUCGUAAACAAAGAGUCCAUUCCAAGCCCUGUUGCACAGCAGAACGGCCUGGGUACCUCCAGCCCCCAACACCAAGAUCUGACUCAGUAGGUCUCGAGGCGGAUCCUGGUCCUGUGUACAGGAAGGAGGUGAGGUCUGUUUGGCCACAUGGUCUUACAGGCCCCCUUACCCAACUCGGCAAACCUGGGUGACCAGGUGACAGUGGCUUGCUUUCAUCGAUGAGGGGUCAGGGCCUUGUGGAGAACCAGCCCUUGCCCCUUCCCUCAGCUGCGGCCUGUUUUCAAGAUGGGUCUUCCGCAGAAGAGGACCCAGUGCUUUAGGGACAACAGGACAGAGUUUGGAUUUAAAACGCUGGUGCUAAAUAUCCCAUUUCAAAACUUCACCAAAAAUAAAUAAAUAAGGAAUUCCCUGGUGGUCCAGUGGAUAAGACUCCACGAUCUCACUGCUGAGGGCCUAGGUUCAAUCCCUGGUCAGGGAACUAAGAUCCCACAAGUCGUGCGGCCCAGCCAAAAAAAAUUUUUUUAAUUUUUUAAUUAAAAAAAUUUUAAAAAGCUUCAGCUGAGUGGAUGAAUUUUUUUUUUCCCCCGCAAGUGAACCCUGUCCUUAAUUCCUCUUUUGUAAGCUGGAGGGAGACCUACCUAGGGGCAACUCCAGUCUCAGAGAGAUUGUAGAGAAAUGCCUUGUAAACGGUUUAAUAAUUUAGUUAGAUCUCUCCAUGUGGAUGAUGAUUCUGGUGGAUAUUUUCCUCUCUCCUCGCUGGCUUCCCUGGGUGAGAAUGAGCGCGGGCAGAUUUAAACAUCUAGGUUGGUCCCCUGCUGCCCCAAGCCACCCACCCACUCAGCCCACACCCGAGCGGCUGCCUCCCCCUGUCGUUUAGUGUGUCCUCAGGGGAAGCAGACUCAUUUCAGUAUAAGCUCAAGCAAACUGUAAUUAGGACAGUAAAUCUGCUGUUUAACCAAAAAAAAAAAGUCCUAGGACAGGUUUCAGGGUCCUGGACAUCCUUCCUUUGAUGCUGAAGGAAGGAUGGGAGAGACCUGGCCUUUGAUUUAAUUUCUCCCAGUUUGGGAACAGAGUCCAGGACAUGGUAACCAUGUUUACUGAAAAUGCAACACGGCUUAAAAUCUACUGUGAGAUCGUCUGAGGCUGCAGGAAUGGGGACCUGACUUCAUGAAAGUCUUUUUUUUCUUUCCAUGCCUUGCAGUAUGACUGACUCAGAGCAUCCGUCCUGCACCAGCACCCUCACCUCCUUUCCAGGGCAUUUACCACGUCAGUGGCAGUGCACCAAGGGCUGUAGAUGUGUUUUCUCGGUCAGUCUGCACAACAGCCUUAGGAGGCAGGUUCUGUCAUCUGCAUUUUACCCCCAUUUUAUGGAUGAAGAAAACUGAGGUUGAGAGAGGCAAGUGACUUGCCCCGGGUUGCACAGCAUGCAGGUGGAGCAACUGGAUUUGAAGGGUCUGUGCUCCUAGCCUCUGUGCUGUACUGCAACUGCUCAGUCUGAGAACCGCAGAUCACCACGCCAGGCUGAAGGCUACCUCCCCACCAAGCCUGUUUUCCUUCCCUCGUUCCUUCUUGGCAUGAUCCACACUUCUCUAAACCUCAGGCUUAGUGGCCACUCAGCCACUGCCUCUCGCUGAGCUCCCCACCUGGGCUGCUUCUUAGAUGAGAAGGAGGGAUUAUUACUCUCAGUGUACACCAGUCACCAGGCCUCCCGGUGCCGGUGCUAGGGUGUGGCAGGCAGGCCAUUUCCUCCCCGUGAGCCUCAGUGUCCCAGACUAGAAAGCGGAGGCUGGGGCCAUCUGGAGAGCGCCUUGGGUUCACCCCAGAGGGACAGGUGUCCCUUUCCUAUGGGAGCUUGCCUGCAGUGGGGUACGGCAGCCUCCAGAAAGCUCUCUUUGCUUAAUAGCACCCGACCUUGCUCUGCCUGCUCAGCGUUUUGAUUGCUAAAUUUAUAGUGUUAGUUUGCCUUCUUCAUGAGUGUCUUUAAAAGAACACCGGAGGCCUCUCCUGAAAGAGUUUUCUGUCUCGGGUGGACCCUGAGCCUCCCGAGCUCAGGGGAGGCUCUGCCUGGCCAGCUGUGUCUUGCUCCCCCGCCUUUGCCUUGCUGUCCCCCAGCCAUUUGGCUCCACACUGACUAGGCCUGCUCUGUGCCACAGGCAGGUCCUUCCAGCUUUCCUGUGCGGGACCAUCUCAACCGGGGAGCUUGGCCUCCGGUGACCUCCCUCUUUCCUAGGAAGAUGUUCCUGGUGGGCCUGACAGGGGGCAUUGCCUCAGGCAAGAGCUCGGUGAUCCAGGUGUUCCAGCAGCUGGGUUGUGCGGUGAUUGAUGUGGACGUCAUUGCCCGGCAUGGCUCCUCUUCAUGCCACAGUCGUCCAGCCAGGGUACCCUGCCCACCGGCGUAUCGUGGAGGCCUUCGGCACUGAGGUCUUGCUGGAGAAUGGCAACAUCGAUCGAAAGGUCCUGGGGGACCUGAUCUUUAACCAGCCCGACCGGCGGCACCUGCUCAACUCCAUCACCCACCCCGAGAUCUGCAAGGAAAUGAUGAAGGAGACCUUCAAGUUCUUCCUCCGGGGAUACCGCUACGUGAUUCUGGAUAUCCCCCUGCUGUUUGAGACCAAGAAGCUGCUCAAGUACAUGAAGCACACGGUGGUGGUUUACUGUGACCGAGACACGCAGCUGGCCCGGCUGAUGGAGCGGAACAACCUGAACCGCGACGACGCAGAGGCCCGGAUCAAGGCCCAGCUGCCCCUGAAGGACAAGGCCCGCAUGGCCCGCCACGUUCUAGACAACUCGGGCGAGUGGAGUGUCACCAAACGCCAGGUGGUCCUCCUGCACGCCGAGCUGGAGCGCUCCCUGGAGUACCUGCCACUGCGGCUCGGGGUCCUCACGGGGCUGGCCGGCAUCACCAGUCUCCUCUACCUGCUCACCCACUACCUCCUGCCUUCCCCCUAGCGGGACCCUGCAAGGCAGGAAUUCCUGGGUCUCCAUCUCCUCAGAGGCUGAAACCAGGUAAUGAAUGCAUCCGGUUUCCUCCCAACCCCUCAGCACACACACUCUGGAUCUGGGCUGGAGCCCUGCACUGGGCCAACCCUUCCUCGGAGCACAUCCUGUCCAAGGCAGAGAAGCAGCCCUCUGUCAGCAGAUGCUCCUUCCCACCUCCCCCAGCGCCCCUCCCUCUGGAACAGUGACCAUCACGGGCUGUGGAAGCAACAGUGGUAGACUCUUGUAACUUUCUUGUGGGCGGGGGUGAGGAGCACCUUCAGUGGCCGUCACCAGUGUUUAAAGCUGGGAGGGUCCCUGGGCUUGAACCCUUUCCUAGCACGUGCCCCGUCACGGCCAAAACCCCCUGUGUGGACCAUGGGAAAUCAGUUUAGACCAAGGGCUGCCUUCAAGCAGGAUUCCCCUGUAGAUUGAAGCCCUUGGCCAGGAGGCAGUAACAAUCCCCUUGUCGUGAUGCUGUAGUGAGGCAGAGGCCAGGCCUCUUCUGGGAUGACCCACUGUCCCACCGUGGCAUUUCCCUAGCACUCUCCGCACCCUGCUCCCCGCCUCCUACCACUCUACCUCCCUGAGCUCUUGCUAGGCUGCACACGGUGCACCAGGCUGUUUCUGGCCUCUUUGCCUUCACCUUGCUGCUCCCCAAUCUGGAAAACCUUUUUUUUUUUCCCCUACAACUGGUUACCUUCCAGCUCAGGCACCAUCUGAAGCCCCAGGCUGGGUUAGGUGCUCUGGGAUACCCCCUGCCCCACAUUUUACCUGAAUCCACAGUAUAAUAAUCAGCCAAAAACUGGUUAGUCUCUCCUACUAGACUGUAAGCCCUUUGAGGGCAGGAACUGUGUCUUAUUCAUCUGUGUUCCUGGUGCAGAGCCUGACUCGCCAUUGGUGCUGAAUAAAGUGUGUUGAUCUGAAA